CUCCAAAUCCCCUCCCCGGCGUCCCGCUCUUCAUCUCCCCCUCCUCCUCCCCUUCCCUUCAAAGAGAGAAGAAGGCAGGGAGGUAGAGAUCCAGCCUACCUGCAGACCGACGUCGAUCGACCCAAGCGAACCCCAAGAAACCACAGCCACCGGAGAGAGAAGUCUCAACAUGGCCAGGCUCAGCCUUGCCGUGCUCGCACUCCUGCUGGCCGCCGCGGCGAUGGCCUUCGUCCCCGCCCCGGCGUCCGCGGGCGAGCUGAGCUCCAUUAUCCUGCAGCCGCGGGUGUGCGACGGCGCCGUUGGGGAGUGCGGCGUGGACGAGGACGAGGAGAUGGGCACGGGCGCCGGCGGUGCCGGCGAGGCCCUGCGGAGGUCGCUGGCCAGGAAGCCGACGGCCAAGUACAUCAGCUACGCGGCGCUGCGCGCCGACCAGAUCCCCUGCAACAAGCGCGGGGAGUCCUACUACCAAAACUGCGGCUCCCAGGGGAAGCCAGUGAACCCCUACACCCGUGGGUGCUCCGCCAUCACGCGCUGCGCCCGCAACAUGAACUGAUCUACCCUUCCGUCCAUCCAUCUCGCGCCGAUGGCGAGGAUCGGAAUAUAUAUCACCCAGCGGGGAUCGGAGUAGGUUUGGCGCCUGAUGAAGUGGCGGUGCUGCUGCAUUGAUCCAACCAAAUUAACGACUGCUGUUCUCUAUGCCAUGUGUAGCUUUUUAUGUAUUCAUCAUUCGUAUUCAUCGUGUUCCAUGCGUACCCAUUAAUUCAUUCCUUUCGGAAAUGUGUUGCAUAUUUGAAGAAGAACCAAUUGGAGCUUUGUUUUCCUCUCAA